AUGUCUGACUCAGAACAAUCCAUCAAGGUUCUUAAUGAACUUCUAGAGAAGCUUACCGUGGCUACUCCAGAAAACAGAGAUGACGUUGCCACUGAGGUUGCUUCUUUCAUCAACGGUGACAUCAUCGAACAUGACGCUCCACAGGUUUUCUUUGAUGGUUUGUUCAAAGCCAUCAAGGACAAGAAAUCCGCCGCUAACGCUUUGGCCACUUUGCGUAACAUCGCUAGUGAGUCCAACUUGUCUCCAAGCAUUGAGCCAUUCGUGGUCUCUGCUGUGCCAUUGAUCGCUGAUCAAUGUGGCCACAAGGACAAGGAUAUCCAAGAGACUGCUUCUCAAGCUUUGGUCGCUGUUGUUAAGGCUGUCAACCCAGUUGCAGUCAAGGCUUUGUUGCCUCAUUUGACUACUGCUUUGUCUAACACCAACAAAUGGCAAGAAAAGGUUUCUAUCUUGGCUUCCAUUACUGCUUUGGUCGACUCUGCCAAGACCCAAAUUGCUUUGAGAAUGCCUGAAUUGAUUCCAGUUCUUUCCGAAGCUAUGUGGGAUACCAAGAAGGAAGUCAAGAAGGCUGCUACUGAGACUAUCGAAAAGGCUACUGAGACUGUCGACAACAAGGAUAUUGACCGUUUCAUCCCAGAAUUGAUCGGUUGUAUUGCUGACCCAGCUUUGGUUCCAGAAACCGUUCACUUGUUGGGUGCUACUACUUUUGUCGCUGAAGUUACUCCAGCCACUUUGUCCAUCAUGGUCCCAUUGUUGGCUAGAGGUCUUGCUGAAAGAGAAACUUCUAUCAAGCGUAAGGCUGCUGUCAUUAUCGACAACAUGUGUAAGUUGGUCGAAGACCCUCAAGUUGUUGCUCCUUUCUUGAGCAAAUUGUUGCCAGGUUUGAAGAACAACUUUGCCACCAUUGCUGACCCAGAAGCUCGUGAAGUUACUUUGAGAGGUCUAAAGACUUUGAGAAGAGUCGGUAACGUUGGUCCAGAAGAUGCUCUACCAGAAGUCUCCCACGCUGGUGACGUGGAGACCACUUUGUCCGUCAUCGAUCUAUUGUUGAAGGAGAAGACUGUCGAAAAGAGAUUCAGACCAGUUGUCGAAUAUGUUGCUGCUAUUGCUGGUGACUUGAUCGACGAAAGAGUCAUUGACCAACAAGCUUGGUUCACUCACGUUACUCCAUACAUGACCAUCUUCAUGCACGAAAGAGAAGCUAAGGAAGUCAUUGAUGAGUUCAGAAAGAGAGCUGUUGACAAUAUCCCAGUUGGUCCAAACUUCGAUGAUGAAGAAGAUGAAGGUGAGGAUCUAUGUAACUGUGAAUUCUCCUUGGCUUACGGUGCUAAGAUCUUGUUGAACAAGACUCAAUUGAGAUUGAAGAGAGGUAGAAGAUACGGUCUAUGUGGUCCAAACGGUGCUGGUAAAUCUACUUUGAUGAGAGCUGUCGCUAACGGUCAAGUCGAUGGUUUCCCAACUCAAGAUGAAUGUAGAACUGUCUACGUCGAGCACGAUAUCGAUGGUACUCACGCUGAGACUUCCGUCUUGGACUUCGUCUACGCUGGUGACGUUGGUACUAAGGAAGCUAUCACUGCUAAGCUACAAGAAUUCGGUUUCUCCGACGAAAUGAUCGCUAUGCCAAUCGCUUCCCUAUCUGGUGGUUGGAAGAUGAAGUUGGCCUUGGCUAGAGCUGUGUUGAAGAACGCUGAUAUCCUAUUGUUGGAUGAACCAACUAACCAUUUGGAUACCGUCAACGUUGCUUGGUUGGUUAACUACUUGAACACUUGUGGUAUUACCUCCAUCAUUGUUUCUCACGACUCUGGUUUCUUGGACAACGUUUGUCAAUACAUUAUCCAUUACGAAGGUCUAAAAUUGAGAAAGUACAAGGGUAACUUGUCCGAAUUCGUCAAGAAAUGUCCAACCGCUAAGUCUUACUACGAGUUGGGUGCUUCUGAUCUAGAAUUCAGAUUCCCAGAGCCAGGUUACUUGGAAGGUGUCAAGACCAAGCAAAAGGCUAUCGUUAAGGUCUCCAACAUGACCUUCCAAUACCCAGGUACCACCAAGCCACAAAUUGAGGACAUUUCUUUCCAAUGUUCUCUAUCUUCUAGAAUUGCUGUCAUUGGUCCAAACGGUGCUGGUAAGUCCACUCUAAUUAAUGUCUUGACCGGUGAAUUGCUACCAACCACUGGUGAAGUCUACACUCACGAAAACUGUCGUAUCGCUUACAUCAAGCAACACGCUUUCGCUCACAUCGAAUCCCACUUGGACAAGACUCCAUCUGAAUAUAUCCAAUGGAGAUUCCAAACUGGUGAAGACAGAGAAACCAUGGACAGAGCUAACAGAGUUAUCAACGAAGAUGAUGCUGAAGCUAUGAACAAGAUCUUCAAGAUCGAAGGUACUCCAAGAAGAAUCCAAGAGAUUCACGCCAGAAGAAAGUUCAAGAACACCUACGAAUACGAAUGUUCUUUCCUAUUGGGUGAAAACAUCGGUAUGAAAUCCGAGAGAUGGGUUCCAAUGAUGUCUGUCGACAACGCUUGGAUUCCAAGAGGUGAAUUGGUUGAGUCUCACGCCAAGAUGGUCGCUGAAGUCGAUAUGAAGGAAGCUUUGGCUUCCGGUCAAUUCCGUCCAUUGACCAGAAAGGAAAUCGAAGAACACUGUGCCAUGUUGGGUUUGGACUCUGAAUUGGUCUCUCACUCUAGAAUUAGAGGUUUGUCAGGUGGUCAAAAAGUUAAGUUGGUCUUGGCUGCUGGUACUUGGCAAAGACCUCACUUGAUCGUUCUGGAUGAACCUACUAACUAUUUGGACAGAGACUCUCUAGGUGCUUUGUCCAAGGCUUUGAAGGCUUUCGAAGGUGGUGUUAUCAUCAUUACUCACUCUGCUGAAUUCACCAAGGAUUUGACCGAAGAAGUCUGGGCUGUCAACAACGGUAGAAUGACUCCAUCCGGUCACAACUGGGUCGCUGGUCAAGGUGCCGGUCCAAGAAUCGAAAAGAAAGAUGACGAAGAAGACAAGUUCGAUGCUAUGGGUAACAAGAUCAGCGGUGGUAAGAAGAAGAAGAAGUUGUCUUCUGCUGAGUUGAGAAAGAAGAAGAAGGACAGAAUGAAGAAGAAGAAGGAGAUGGGUGACGCCUACGUUUCUUCUGACGAAGAAUUCUAA